AUGCCAGUUUUCGUAUCAGCGAUCAGUCACCCCCAGCAGCGUCAGUCAUCCCAGCAGAGUCAGUCGCCCCCAGCCGAGUCAGUCACCCCCCAGCGGAGUCAUUCACCCCCAGCCGAGUCACCCCGGCAGAGUCAGUCACCCCCAGCGGAGUCAGUCACCCCCAGCAGAGUCAGUCGUCCCAGCAGAGUCAGUCACCCCCAGCGGAGUCAGUCGCCCCCAGCUGAGUCAGUUACCCCCAGCGGAGUCAGUCACCCCCAGCGGAGUCAGUCGCCCCGGCAGAGUCAGUCGCCCGGCAGAGUCAGUCACCCCCAGCAGAGUCAGUCGUCCCAGCAGAGUCAGUCACCCCCAGCGGAGUCAGUCGCCCCCAGCCAGUCAGUCACCCCCAGCGGAGUCAGUCACCCCCAGCGGAGUCAGUCACCCCCAGCGCCCGGCAGAGUCAGUCGCCCCCAGCAGAGUCAGUCGCCCGGCAGAGUCAGUCGCCCCAGCAGAGUCAGUCGCCCGGCAGAGUCAGUCACCCCGGCAGGGUCAGUCCCCCAGGGUCAGUCGCCCCCAGCAGAGGCAGUCGCCCCCAGCAGAGUCAGUCGCCCCCAGCAGAGUCAGUCACCCCCAGCAGAGUCCACCCCCAGCAGAGCAUCCCAGAGAUUCCAUUACCUCAACGUGCAUUGUGGGAAUGUUAGGUUCUCCCUUUGCGGAGUGCAAGCUGCCGUCACCACGCCGUCUCGGAUUGAUGGGCUGAGCCCACCUCCUCACCCCCUCCUCAGCCCCCUCCUCUGCCCACCUCCUCGGCCCCCUCCUCCUCUGCCCACCUCCUCUCCCACCUCCUCGGCCCACCUCCCCCCUUCUCACCCAUCUCCUCACCCACCUCCUCGGCCCACCUCCUCGGCCCCCUUCCUUGGUCCCCUCCUCACCCCCUCCUCGGCCCACAUCCUCUGCCCAUCUCCUCUGUCCACCUCCUGGUCCACCUCCUCACCCCCUCCUCGUCCCCCUCCUCUGUCCACCUCCUCACACCCCAUCCUCGGCCCACCUCCUCGGCCCACCUCCUCAUCCCCCUCCUCGGUCCACCUCUUCACCCCCUCCUCGGCCCACCUUCCUCGGCCCCCCUUCUCGGCCCACCUCCUCAGUCCACAUCCUCGACCCCCCUCCUCGGUCCACCUCCUCCACCUCCUCACCCCCCUCCUCGUCCCAUCUCCUCGGUCCACCUCCUCACACCCCUCUCCUCGGCCCACCUCCUCGGCCCACCUCCUCAUCCCCCUCCUCGGUCCACCUCUUCACCCCCCCUCCUCGGCCCACCUUCUCGGCCCCUUUCUCGGGCCCACCUCCUCGGCCCACAUCCUCGACCCAUCUCCUCGGUCCACCUCCUCCACCUCGGUCCACCUUCUCACCCCCCUCCUCGGUCCCCCUCCUCACCCCCUCCUCGGCUCACCUCCUCGGCCCACUCCUCGGCCCCCUUCUCGGGCCCACCUCCUCGGCCCUCUCCUCGGCCCCCCUCCUCGGGCCCACCUCCUCAGCCCACAUCCUCGGCCCCCUCCUCGGCCCCCUUCUCGGGCCCACCUCCUCGGCUCCCUCCUCUGCCCACCUCUUCGUCCCCAUCCUCGGCCCACCUCCUCACCCCCUCCUCGGCCCACCUCCUCGGCCCCUCCUCCUCGGCCCCCUCCUCGGGCCCACCUCCUCAGCCCACAUCCUCGGCCCUCUCCUCGGCCCCCUUCUCGGGCCCACCUCCUCGGCUCCCUCCUCUGCCCACCUCUUCGUCCCCAUCCUCGGCCCACCUCCUCACCCCCUCCUCGGCCCACCUCCUCGGCCCUCUCCUCGGUCCCUUUCUCGGGCCCACCUCCUCGGCCCACAUCCUCUGCCCACCUCUUCGUUCCCAUCCUCGGCCCACCUCCUCGGUCCACCUUAUCACCCCCUCCUCGGUCCCCCUCCUCAACCCACCUCCUCGGGCCCCCUCCUCGGGCCCACCUCCUCGGCUCCCUCCUCUGCGGCCCCAUCCUCGGCCCCACCUCCUCGGCCCACCUCCUCCCGGCCCCCUCCUCGGCCCACCUCCACGGCCCACCUCCUCGGCCCCACCUCUUCCGCCCACCUCCUCUGCCCAACUCCUCUGCCCCCUCCUCGGCCCCCCUCCUCGGCCCCCUCCUUAACCACCUCCUAAUCACCCCUCCUCGGUCCCGACCUCCAAAAACCACCUCCUAA